AUGAAAUCCUCCUCCCUUUUUGUUCUCCUCGCCGUGGCCCCUCAGAUUAUCAUCAUCCCUACCGUGACGGGAGAGACAUUCAUUUACAUACGCUCACCCCCUACGAAUGAGCCCGUGAAGGACAUUUAUUCAAAUGAUAUGACAUGUAAUGUUCAUAACCGUGCGGUCCCACAAACGGUCAAUGUGGCAACUGGGGACAACCUCACGUUUGAGUGGUAUCACGAAUCCCGAAAAGACGAUAUCAUCAACGAUUCACAUAAAGGUGCUGUACAAGUAUACAUCGCUCCAUCAGCAUCCAACGGAACAGGCGGCGCAGUAUGGACAAAACUGUUCAGCGACUCAUAUGCAUAUGCAUUCGACAGCAGCUCAAACAACAAAUGGGCUACGGAUCGCCUUAGGAGGGCAAAAGGUCAACAUCACGUUAUUAUUCCCAAUAUCCCAACUGGCGAUUAUCUGUUCAGAGCGGAAAUAAUCGCAUUGCAUCAAGCGCAAGUACGAUAUGAUCAAGACCAUGACAAGGGAGCGGAAUUUCUGACGUUUCAUGCAUUUGUUUAA